GUGGACAAAGUGUUUGAGUGAAAACAUCCAAGUUAUCAGUGGACUCUUAUUUUGAAAAGCGUCCACAGGAAGCAGUGCGUUGAGUUUCCUCCAAGGCGACGCAAAAGGAUCGCGGCACUUCUUUUUUUUUGACAGCGGAAAUGAGGAGUCGCCACUUUUUUUUUUUCCGCGUCAACUUCGUGUCUGAAACUUUUUUCUUCUUUUCCUCCUUGUUUGUGCUCCGCGUGCGGACGAGCCGUGGCACGCGCUCACCAUGAGAGAGAGCGCGCUCUUCUUCUUCGUCUUCUUCUUCUUCUUCUUCUCCUCCUCCUCCUCCUCCUUCUUCUCCUCUUCUUCUUGUUUUCCGUGUAGCUCUCUCUCCCUCUCUCGACCGGCCGCCGCUCACCGACGUCGUUUCGCGUUACUUUAGACGCCUCUCGACACAUUUCCGUUAUGCGAGCUCCAGCUGGUUGGUCGGUUGUCGUGCUGCGGUGGGUGCCCGUCCGAGAUAACGGAGAACCAGUGAUUCUCAGCCGGUCUGGUUACUGCAAUGAAUGGUAACACUAUCCAUCCAGCCAACACCACCACAACAGCAGGAGGAGGCCCUGGCGUGGCAGCGCCCCCGAGAGGCUGGAGCGAGUUCUGCGAGCUGCACGCCAUCGCCACAGCCCGGCAGCUGGCUGGACACUACCGGAGCUUUGCCAGAGAGUGGCCACAGCAUGACGUGCUCCCACCAGAGACUUUUUCCAAGCAGUUUACCGACCUCUUCCAGAAGCACUUCUGCUGCGAGGUUGACAAAGAUGGCACUCCGCUCAUACAGAACAGAUGCUCUACCUCUACCGGUAGCGCUCCUUCCACAUCUCCAGCGACCCGUCCCCUUCCAUCACAGCCUGUGACUGGUCGAUCGCGGAUCACAUCUUCGUCAGGAGUGCAGGACUAUCGGGAGGCGGGCCGUCAAAGUGGAGGCGCUGCUCUAUUUGCUUUGGUGCCACCAAAAGUGGAGCCGGUGGUCGUGAGCCGGGACCAGGAACAGCCCCUGCAAUGUGCUGCGGGAAACUCCUUGUCGAGAAACCCGGGGGUGCUGAGAGGGUCAACUCGUAGUGUCGGCGGCGGGUCACUGCUGAUGCAUAGCCAUGGCAACGAGGAGAUCUCUGGCACCAAUCGUCGUCGGCUAUCUGACUCCUCAGCCUCCAACCCUGGACACGCUGACGUCACACACUUCUCUGUCAGUCAGAUCCAGCAGACCGUAAGAAGGCUUUUUAAGAAGCGGCCCCUUCCUAACCCCCCCCCAACCCAGGACCUGUCCUCCAGCAACCCCAACCCCACCACCACCAACAACAACUCCCCAAAUAAUAGUGGCAGAGUGGGCGGGAUUUACUCCACAAAUGAGGAAGUGUCAUCCUCCUCCUCUUCAUCCCACUCUUCCUCUUGUCUGAUCUCUGAAGCCACCCCCCCAGGCGCUUCACAUUGGUCUGUGGCGGGAGUAGCAUCUCACUUCCUGGAUCGUUUACGUUGGUUACACAGCAGAAGCAUGAGGCCGAGGAGGUCAGAGGUGAGCGGCUGCUGUAAAGAGGGCCAAAUGAGGUACUUAUUGGUGGAUGACACUAUCUCAGACUCUCAGCCCUGCUGGCAACGCUGCCGUCUGCUGGUCAGGAGGAUCAGAGACGCUCAAGGCGGAGGAGGAGGAGGAAGAGGAGGAGGGGAGAGGUACCAGUUGGAGCUCUAUGAUCCUCCAAAGGCCUCCAGCCCCAAGCUGACGACUCAGUGUUCUGAUAUCCAAGAAGUCCGUCGAUGCAACCGACUGGAGAUGCCCGACAACUUAAACACAUUUGUUUUAAAGGUUAAUCCAGGUAGUCUGAUAUUUGAGACCGACAACGACCAGCAGGUCAGCUCCUGGACCACAGAGCUGAAAGAAUGUAUCAGCAACAGGUCGGGCAGCGUGGAUCUGGAGCCCCUCCCUUCCCCAGCUGACAGCUCCGUUCCAGCCAAUCGCAGAGGAAGCUCGGCGUCUGCAAGUCAAAUGGCCCCCACCUUCACCCUGCCGGAGCAGGUCGUCCAGAAGACGGAUCACUUCCUCUUCUCCUACCCAUGGUUCCACGGGCCCAUCUCUCGCGUCAAGGCAGCCCACCUGGUCCAGAGCUCUGGACCGGAGGGACACGGCGUCUUUCUGGUACGACAGAGCGAGACGCGCCGGGGAGACUACGUCCUCACGUUCAACUACCAGGGAAAAGCAAAGCACCUGCGCCUCUCGCUGACAGAAUGGGGUCAGUGCAGGGUGCAGCACCUGCGCUUCCCCUCUGUCAUGGACAUGCUCAGUCACUUCCGCCUCUUCCCCAUCCCUCUGGAGUGUGGAGCCGCAGGUGCCGUCACGCUGUCCAGCUUCGUGGUGGCGGGCUCCAGCCCUCCGUCACAGGGUUCGCUCUCAGGCGCCGUCCUGGUCCCGUUCUCCCUCCAUCGCUGGAGCUCUGAGCCCAGCUUGGCUCACUGCAGCCUGGCUCGCAGCUGCAGUCAGGCGCCUUCCUCCUGCUCCACCACCAGCUCCGCUACCACUCCCAGCUCCGUUUCCCAGCAGGGGACCCACCCCUCCGUUCGCGCCAACCCCGUCCCCAACCCUCUCCUGACGGCCCCCGCUCCUCUGCGCCGGAGCGAGUCGGUGGGGAGGCGGCCUCUGCUGCGUCACGCCGCCCCGCACACUCCCAUCAUCCCUCAGCGGGACUCGGACUAUGAGCUGGAGCCUGAGCGGGGCCGCAAGCGGGCAAUAGACAACCAGUACAUGUUGCUGUGAUCUGCUUAGUCGCAUACCUGCAUCACCUCGGAAAGACAGAAGUCACCUGUGAAGCCCACACGCACACACAAACAAUCACACACACACUCACACAUUUGUCACCCCCCCACCCAGCUUCAGCUUCAGGGGGGUGUCAGACAGGAUUUCAGGAGACUCAUGAACUUGAGCGAACAAGUCUGAUAAAUGCAUAGCACUGUGUACGUGGAAACACACACACACACUCCCUACGUCUGAGCUGCGUGUGUGUUCAACAGUGUCAGACCAACACUGCCUCCCCCCCGAGUGUCCACAGUGAAUGUAUUUUUUGGGAGUUUUAUUACAGUGUUGACAAUGACGAUGAUUAUUCUUGUUGUAUUGAUGUUGAGGGUCUGUGUGAGUGAGCGAGAGCCACAUGUGUAGCUGUCCUCGAGCCCGGAAAACUAGUUUCAAAUACUUCUAUUCAACCUCUGUGGCACUUAACCUCGAACUGCCUGCAGUUGGAUAAAUCAAGUGCUCCUUUAAAAUAUUUAAAAGACAUUUACUCUUGACACAAAGUUCCCAGUGUGGAGCAAACUCCCUUCUUCUUUUUUACAAACAAAAAGCACUCUAUAGGUUAGAGUGUCAUCACACUCGAUAGAUAUUCCUCCUCUUACACAUUAUUAUAUAUUGAAGUGCACAUCGCUUUCAGUGCACUUUGGAAACAAUGUGUAUUUUUUUCUAUACACAGAUUUCGUUUUUGUAGAAAAAUGAAAAAGUAAAAAGGGGAAAAACUUGGUUAAAGUCAGUCGGGAAGCUUUUUUUUUUCUAGAAUCUAACGAGCGCCGCUUCCACUCCUUCAAACCUUCGCUGAAGAAAUGACAGAACCACAGCAACGAUUUAGGAUUUCAGUUUCCAUCAGAACCAAAGCUGUGGGAACUCCUGGCUGUUUGUGGUGCUGUCGGUGUGUGUGUGUGUGUGUGUGUGUGUGUGUGUAUGUGAGAUGUGUGAACGUUUAUCAGCAAGUUCUCGCUGAUCUCAGUGUGGUACAGUAUUCACCUUAGAGCAUGUGCGAAUUUGUGUUUUUUUACAAAAUCAACUUCAGGUCAUUUCUGCAAUAACACGUGAGAAUGGAUUUAAUGACACGUGAUACAAAGUCAUCUUUCCUCACAAUUUACUUCAAAGUCACACAAUGUUUUUUUUGCUACUAAAUGAAUGCAUUUUUUUUUUUAAAUAUACAUUUUCACAGUUUUUAAUUAUUAUACAUGUAUAUACAUGUGUAUAUGUGUUCAUUUAGUAGCACAAAAUUUGCAUUGUGACUUCAAACUAAGAACUUCCACUUCCUAAAAUGAGACUCAGCGAGGUGAUUCUAUUUUGACACAAAGAAAAAACAAAGGUGUGAAAUCGACAUAAACUUGAAAGGCUUCACUCCAAAGAGCGCGGGGGGGCACAGACCUUUAAGAGCCAAAGUGCUGGAAACUUUUAACAUGUUUAAAACUUUCUAGUUUUGUAGAGGUUUGAUAAUCUUUAAGGGUUUUUUAAAAGUGGGCGAGGCUGAAAUCACACACGUGCCUUUAGUGAAUGUUAAGAUUUAUUUUCAUACAGCAACAGGAAAAAAAUUCUGGGAUUAGUAAUAGUUGUGAUAUUGUCCAACUCUACUUUUUACACUCACAGCAUUAAUUCUUCUUUGUGUCUGUCUGUUUUCUGUCACCUCAGCAGCCGGUAGAGAAUCCCCAGGGAGGGACUGUGGAAAUAAUGUGUUUUGAACAGCACUUCUGUGUUUUUCAUCAGAGGCUUAAUGAGGAAGGUUUGGUUUCAGUCUGCGUUGUGAACGUGUCCAGAUGUGACGUGUGACACACAGAUGAUCACAUGUGUCAGCCUUUGUUCUCUUGUUUCUUGAAGUAGAUUUUAUGACCAAUCCAUCACUUCCAGUAACUCGCUUUAAAGGUUUAAACCACCAGUUUUAAGCUGCACUGAUUAGAAUAGAUAAACAGCACAUCACUCAACUCGGGUGAGAACUUUAUUGUCACAAGCUGAUUAAUAUUAGAAUUUUAUUAUCAAGGCUUUUCUACAGGGAAGAAAAAACACAAAACAUAUUUUUAAAGUCAUCUGGUUUCCAGUUAGUUUGUUAAAGGAGACAAGUUUUCAGUUUCUCUUUCCUCUUGUCUAUUAUUUAGUUUUUUUUUGUGGAUGUUAAAGAUCUGCAGGGUGCAGCUAGCGCCUCCACUUUCUGUCUGAGCCCCACCGGAGUGGCAGUGUAAAAAUGGAAUUAAAAAGCUCAGUGAAGGAGACCAAAACCGAUCCGAACCCAGAUGUGAAUGAAAAGAUCCGUGUGAAGCGUCGUUGUGUCAGUGCUGCUCCACCUUUAGAAGCCUUUUGAUAUUUCUCCUAAAACAGAAACCAGAAUCUUAAAGAACCAGAAAUCACAUGUUAAUACAGUAAAUCUGAUUUUCCCAAAGAUGAAAUGUCCUUUCAGUAACUGAACCUUCUUUCGGAAACAUUGUGCUACGACGCAUGUGUUUGUUUCUAACGUUGCUUUAACACUAACUUAAGCAGCUGAUUUUAAAUGUGCCCUCAGUGAACCUGUGUGGUUUAAACCACUGUCUGUCACUCUGCUUUCUCUCUAGUCACCUGUUAUGUUAAGAGAAAUGCAUGAACGUGAUGUGAUUACUUCUCGUUACUCAAUAACUCAGCUUUUUUCUACCAAAGGAACAUUUGUACAAUGGUUGUGUUGUUCUCUUCAACGUGUCAUCGUGCUCACGACCGACAUCUGUCAAGUGUUAAUAAGGGGAACAAAAACAAAGACUUUUUUUUGGCAAAAGUACGGUUGGUCUUCCUGCAUUUAGACGCCCGAGUCGAGCCGAGAAAGUAACAGUAUUAAGUUUGAAUUAUUUUAUUUCUAAGGAGAAGGACUGUGCCUUUGCCAGAAAGCAGCUGUUGCUUUUCCCCCUUUUUGUUGUGUGGGAGCUCAGGGUGUGACGCGGAGCAGAACUCGUGUAUAGUGCAAUAUCUUGAGAGAUGCCCGGUGCUUCACGUCGUGUUUCAGGUUUGCAGAGAGCGAGCGGAGGCUUCGACGUGGAUGAACUGCGUGAGAAACGUUUGUAAAAAAGCUCUUAGACGGAAAGAAAACAGUGAAUCAAAGAUCCCAGACAACACGCUGCAUCACAUGUUCCUCCUGCUUCCAGUUUAGUUUCAUGGUUCAGAAUCAAGUUAAAGCUCGAGAUGAUUCCUCGUGUUCUUCAGGUGUCGUUCAUCCUCAACAUCCCCCCCCACCCGCACCGCACCACCAUUUCAAAAUGUCCAGUUGGUGAAUGUGUCCUCAAUACUGUUCAUUGUUUAACUUAGCACUGUAAACAUUCCAGUCCGACCCGACGAACCCCCUCAACAGCCAAUGAAAACCACAACAGCUUUUAAAACCUGUUCAUUGUGUUUGCAUCCCUUUCAGUUAUAAGCAUCUAAAUUAUAUUAAAAUAUAUAUAUCAACUGUAUAUUUGACUUUUUGUAAAAUAAACCUAACCAAAAAAAAAAAA